AUGUCAAAAGAUACAGAUCGAGAACGCCGAUCUGGCUUACUGGUUCUACUGACGGUUCCCGUCGCCUGGGGGACGUUUGAACCCGCCGUACGCUACCUCUACACUAUCGAUCCGCCUAUUCCCGGCUUUGUUUUCUCGACGUGUUAUUAUCUUGUAGCGUCCAGCUCACUGUACUUAGCUUGCUUUUUAUCACAAACAAAGAAAUCGGACGGGAACAAAUCAUUGGAGGUAUCACAGCCAUGGCCUAUACAAGGCGGCUUGGAACUCGGUUCGUAUCUUUUUGUUGGCAACGCCUUGCAGGUCAUCGGGCUGCAAACGGUCCCCUCCGACCGAGCCGCAUUCUUGCUACAGCUGACGACCAUAUUUGUUCCUCUCCUGGACGCAACCUUAGCGAGAAAUCUCUACGCCAUCCCUGGCCGCACGUGGAUGGCUUGCUGGAUCGCCUUGGCAGGGGUUGCUACCAUGGGCUUAGAUAGGAGUAACACCUCCAACUCUUUCCAAAAUCUGGAGCCUUCCCUCGGUAUUCUGAACGAUGUAUUAUCCCAACUUUCUGGCGGCGACGCAUUCAUCGUUGCCGCAGCCAUUGCUUACACAUUCCAUUGUCUCCGACUAGAAAGUUACGCACAGUCAACUUCGGCAGUCCAGUUGGCGGCCAGCAAAGCCACAACGGAAACCGUGCUGAGUGCGGCUUCGGUUGCUGGUUUAAUCUGGUAUAGCAGCAGUACCGGGUAUGAUAAGCUUUCCGUCGAGGAACUUAAGACCCACAGCGACCACCUGAACAGCUUGGCAAGCUUUGCAAGGCAAACAGGACAAGAAAUUGUCAACUUUCUCUCUUCUGUGGAAAAUGGAAUAGCUUCCGGUUCCGUUUCCUUCGCCACACUGCGACCAGCUUUGCUAGCCACAUUGUGGAUCGGUCUCGUGACGGUGGCAUAUACCAUUUAUGCCCAAUCAUACGGGCAAAGUCGAAUUCGUCCCGUCACGGCAAAUCUGAUUUACACCAUUCAACCAAUCUGUACAGCUCUUUUUGCUUGGUUUCUGCUGGGUGAAAGUCUUGGACCUGCCGGCUAUGCUGGGGGCGCUUUGAUUGGAGCGGCAGUGCUUUUGGUAGCUUAG